CCGUGACCUUAUUAUUCCCAAGGUAUGUUCAUUGAGCUCAUUGAAUAGGAGCAUAUGAAUGUGGAUACUCUGAUGCUUGCCAUUACCACGGAAAACUGACAUCUCUUUUGUCGAUAGGGAAUGUACCCCUUUCCGAUCAAGUUCCCUGUUGUGCCUGGUUCCGAUGGUGCCGGUGAAGUUGUCGAGGUCGGAUCAAAGGUCUCUCAGUUUAACACAGGAGACAAGGUCGCUACAUUGUUUAACCAGGGACACCAGUACGGCCCUAUUGAUGGUAAAGCCGCUGGAACUGGUCUUGGUGGUGUUAUCGAUGGCUCUCUGCGCCAAUACGGUGUCUUUAACGAAAAUGGGCUGGUCAAGGCCCCCAAGAACCUCGAUUACCUCGAAUCCAGCACCUUGACUUGUGCUGCCCUUACUAGCUGGAACGCUUUGUAUGGCUUGAAGCCGCUGAAACCCGGAGAAGUCGUGCUGGUACAGGGAACCGGUGGUGUCAGCAUUUUCGCGUUGCAGUUUGCUAAAGCUGCUGGCGCGACCGUGAUUGCCACUACCUCUUCUGAAGCCAAAGCAGACAAGCUGAAGAAGCUCGGUGCCGACCAUGUCAUCAACUACAAAAAUGACCCUAACUGGGGCGAGACCGCUCGCAAGCUGACCCCCGACAACGUCGGUGUUGACCACAUUAUCGAAGUUGGUGGUACUGGCACUCUUGCUCAGAGCUUCAAGUGCAUCAAGUUCGAAGGUGUGAUCAGUGUCAUCGGUUUCCUCGGUGGCGUUGACCCAAGAGGCCAGCCCAGCGUUCUUGACACUCUGAGCAACAUCUGCACUGUUCGCGGUGUCUACGUGGGAAGCAGGGCUUUGAUGAACGACAUGAACAAGGCAAUCGAGGUGAACAAUAUCCGCCCGGUGGUUGAUGACAAGGUCUUCUCUCUGGCAGAGACCAAGGAGGCCUACGAAUACAUGUGGGCUCAAAAGCACUUCGGAAAAUUGACUAUCAAGAUUGAUUAAAUAACAUGACGACUGGAGAAACAGCUAUUUUUCAUGACCAAAUGUUUAGCUAGCGAUAGUAUAUAAAUUCAAAAGGAAUAUAUAAUACGGACCAUCUCUUUCCUACUGAGCUUCCCCGCACCUGUUAUGGCAACGCAACUAUAAUGCAGUAAACCAAAGUGCUUCUUAUUUGAUAUUAUUUAACCAAAUUCUACCAUAUUGAAUUAAACACCAAAUUAAACAAUAUUCAUGAUAAUAUCCAAUACUGCAUCUGCGUAUCUACC